UGGCUCCAUUCGUAGCAAGGUCCGCCUCCAUUACUCUCCUCCACAGCCAGAAGAAACACCACUGAAGGGCUGAUCGCAAACCGCAAGCCGCAACCAUGAACGGCACAGAGGGACCAUAUUUUUAUGUCCCCAUGCAAAAUACUACCGGCAUUGUCCGGAGUCCUUAUGAGUACCCUCAGUAUUACCUUGUCAACCCAGCAGCUUAUGCUGCCCUGGGUGCCUAUAUGUUCCUGCUCAUCCUCGUUGGUUUUCCCGUCAACUUCCUCACUCUCUACGUUACCCUCGAACACAAGAAGCUGCGAACCCCUCUAAACUACAUCCUGCUGAACCUUGCGGUGGCUGACCUCUUCAUGGUGUUUGGAGGAUUCACCACAACGAUGUACACCUCUAUGCAUGGCUACUUCGUUCUAGGUCGUCUUGGCUGCAACCUAGAAGGAUUCUUUGCAACCCUCGGAGGUGAAAUUUCCCUGUGGUCACUUGUUGUUCUGGCUGUUGAAAGGUGGAUGGUUGUCUGCAAGCCAAUCAGCAACUUUCGCUUCGGAGAAAACCAUGCCAUCAUGGGUUUGGCCUUCACCUGGUUUGCAGCCUCUGCUUGUGCUGUACCCCCUCUUGUUGGCUGGUCUCGUUACAUCCCUGAGGGCAUGCAGUGCUCAUGUGGAGUGGACUACUACACACGUGCAGAAGGUUUCAACAAUGAAUCCUUUGUGAUCUACAUGUUCAUCUGCCACUUCCUCAUUCCAAUGACUAUUGUGUUUUUUUGCUAUGGCCGUCUGCUCUGUGCUGUCAAAGAGGCUGCUGCUGCCCAGCAGGAGUCAGAGUCCACCCAAAGGGCUGAGAGGGAAGUCACCCGCAUGGUCGUGAUCAUGGUUAUUGGUUACCUGGUAUGCUGGUGUCCCUAUGCAGGUGUGGCCUGGUAUAUCUUCCUAAAUCAGGGCUCUGAGUUCGGACCUCUUUUUAUGACCGUCCCCGCCUUCUUUGCCAAGAGCUCUGCCAUCUACAACCCAUUGAUCUACAUCUGCAUGAACAAACAGUUCCGUCACUGCAUGAUCACCACCUUGUGCUGUGGGAAGAAUCCCUUCGAGGAGGAGGAGGGAGCGUCCAGUACCAAGACCGAGGCCUCUUCUGCCUCCUCUAGCUCUGUCUCACCAGCAUAAAAGGGCCAUCUACAAAGGCUCCAUGAUCCAAUAUCCAAGAAGAAGACUUCUGCUCCCCCAGGGAAACGACUGAAGGCUAAUGUCUACAGAAAUAACUUCCUUUUUGUAUUUUUCUGAACAAGUGGGUUCAACCUAAAGACAGUAUCAGGAAAGGUCAGCCCAUUACAGAGUUCCUGUAUGUACAGAAUAUCCAACUUAUCAAUCUAUGAUUUCCUUUUCCUGAGAGUAAAGGGGAAAAAUGUUAUCUUUUACAGUUGGAUUCCCAUCCUAUGAUAUUGGCUUAUUUUUGAAUGUAGAGGCAUGUAAUCAAGGCAACGUAAAAUAAAUCGCACUUGGCAAAU